AUGAGAGAUAUUUCCUGUGGAUUUCAAGACUUGACAUCUAUGGCCCCUCAUGAGAUGGGGUUUCAAUAUUUGAAAGCUCCAUUAGAGCAAAAUCUGAAAAGGCAUUGGUUUUCUCCUCCAAUGGAAGAGGGAAGAUCAAUAAAGUUGAAAAAUGAAGGCACUGAGAAUGAAGAAAUUGGGAGAAAAACUGGACUUAGAAAGUUAUGUGCCAGAGGCCAUUGGAGACCUCAUGAAGAUGCUAAGCUCAAAGAACUUGUUUCUCGAUAUGGUCCUCAGAACUGGAAUCUCAUUGCAGAAAAGCUUGAAGGAAGAUCAGGGAAAAGUUGCAGAUUGAGAUGGUUUAACCAGUUAGAUCCUAGAUUAAACAGAAGGGGUUUCACUGAUGAGGAAGAAGAAAGGCUUUUAGCUGCACAUAGAAUGUAUGGUAACAAAUGGGCUAUGAUUGCUAGGCUAUUCCCUGGAAGAACUGAUAAUGCAGUCAAGAAUCAUUGGCAUGUGACAAUGGCAAGAAAAAAUAGAGAGCAAAUCAGUGUUUAUAGAAGAAGAAAACCCUCUUGUUCAAGGGUUCAAACUAACAUACAAAAUAAUGCUUACAGUGAAUCAACCAUGGCCAAUGACAAUAUUGCUGAUGAAUAUGCUGCCUCAACCUGCAGUACUGAUCUUUCCCUCACUCCCUCUUCUGUUACAAUGCCUCGGUUUAUCAGCAGGUUAAGACCUGUCCAGCAGCACAAUCUCUUGGAAUCAAAGAUAGGUUUAACAAAAGAAGAAAAUGCGCUGGUUCAUAGUAAUGGUCAGCACUAUGAGAAUGAGCCAAUGAGAAAUGCUGCAGAAGUGGAUCAAUCAGGUCACUCAGAUUCAAAUUCUGAAGUUACUGAAGCAUCUGAAUCAGUAGCCAACAAUAGGAAGGCCAAUCUCUACAUGUUUGGGGAAAAUGAAAAUGCAAAAUUUGAGAACAUUGCAUUCAUAGAUUUUCUUGGAGUGGGAGCCACUUGA